AUGGCUUCCUCCAAUAAUGAUUACAAUAAUGGUAAUAACAGUGGAGUGUACCCUCUCUCUUUUUACCUUUCUUCACUCUCCGGCCAUCAAGACAUCAUCCGUAAUCCCUACAAUCAUCAGUUAACAGCAUCUCCAGGCCAUAUGGUGUCAGCAGUGCCUGGGUCUCUGAACGAUUACAUGGCGUUUAACUCAAACAAUGAUGUGAAUCAGCAAGGUGGUUUUGAGAUUCCUGAGGUAUCGAGGGAAAUCAAGAAGGUGGUGAAGAAAGACAGACAUAGCAAGAUUCACACGGCACAAGGUCUUAGAGACAGGAGGGUAAGGCUUUCUAUUGGGAUUGCUCGCCAAUUCUUCGAUCUCCAGGAUAUGUUGGGGUUUGAUAAAGCCAGUAAAACAUUAGAAUGGCUACUCAAGAAAUCAAGAAAAGCCAUCAAAGAGGUCCAAGAAAAAAGGCUCAACAAUGAUGAUGAAGAUUUUGGAAACAAUGGAGGUGAUGUAGAAGAGGAAGAGGAGGAGGAGGAGGAGGAUGGAGACAAGAGCUUUGUGAAUGGAUCGAGCCCGGAGUUCUUUGAAGAAGAAGUGGUAUGUGAGGUCAAGAAGACAGAGACAAGAAAGAAGAAGAGUGAGUUGAGCAAUAUAUCUUCAAAGGGAUCAAGAGCCAAAACUAGAGGAAAAGAAACGGAGAGAGCAAGAGAGAUGAAAUUUGAUCAUCCAGAAACCGUCUCAGAUAUCACACAAUCUGAAAUCAUGGACCCAUUCAAAAGGUCUAUAAUCUUCAAUGAAGGAGAAGACAUGACACAAUCUUUCUACAAGGAAGCAAUCGUAGAUUUUGAUAAUCAAGAAUCUAUUUUAACCAAGACGAAGAUCAAUCUACCAAAGAAUGUGGGUCAAAGUUACAAUCAUCAUGACCAUGGGACAUUUAUGUUGAUGGAUCAGGGUUCUAGCAGCAACUACAAUAUCAUUCUGCCUCAAAACUUGGACUAUAAUUAUGAUCAAAACCCUUUUCUUGAUCAAACCUUUUGUGCAGUCACCGACACAAAUUUCUCCAGAGGUACGUAUAGUUUGGACUCAAGACUCUUAUCUAGCCUCAGUUAUCAAUUAUGA